AUGUUCAAUAAAACUGAACUCAAUCGAUGGACAAGCUUGAUAGAAAAAUUAUCUGAAGAAUAUUCAGAAAACAUGUUUAAUCUACAAGAUAUAUCUACAAUAAGCAGUCUUCAUCAGUCGUUGACUAUAGACGAUUUCGGUAGCUAUCGCGCGAACGUACCACCUCGACUCUAAAUAGUCUCAUAUAUAACAUGCAAAUGCUGUUCAGCUACAAAUAUUUAAAGGAUUUCAGUGAGCGGUUUCUGCAGAGAAAUUUAUUUCUGGCUGUUGUUCAGCUACAAAUAUUUAAAGGAUUUCAGUGAGCGGUUUCUGCAGAGAAAUUUAUUUCUGGCUGUUGUCUUAGGCUAUAUUCGGAAGUUAGAUUUGACGGCAAUAAAUUUAUAUUACCUGAGAGAACAGAGCUCGCAAUUGGGCAAGCUACGAAAACUGUCUAAGAUGCUGACCAAUGAAGAUGUGAAGAUUGUAAUUGUAAAUAAAGCAGACAAUUACUUAGGCUUAGAUGUUGCAAGUUGGACGAGGAUUGAUAGUUUUCAAGCUGCUGUAGCGUUUGCAACGCACCGAUCAGAUGGCUGGGAGUCUAAAUUCCAGGGCAGCCUAGAUACAACGCAGGACUACCUGCGUUAUAUAGCCCAAGGUAGAGACCUGGAAUUGAGACAGUCUCGGAACACAAGCUCAACUUUAUACGUUAUUUGUAUGAAUAAAUAA